AUGGAGUUAAGGUCAAUAGAAAAAGGAGAAGAAGAAGAUGAUGAUGAAGAAAGAGAGUUACAAGAAUUCUUUGAAGAAUUUAAUUUCCUGCAGCCGCCAGAGCAGCAGGCUAGUAUGCAACAGCAGCAGCAGCAGCAGCAGCAGCAGCAAAUAAUUCCGCAGCAAAUUGUGCAACAAGGUAUGCUGCAACAGCAGCAGCAGCAACAGCACAUAAUGCCGCAACAGAUGCUAAUGCAGCUAGAUAUGCAGCAGCAGCUGCAACAGCAGCAAAUGAUCCCGCAGCAGCAAAUAAUGCAGCAAGAUAUGCAGCAGCAGCUGCAACAGCAGCAAAUGAUCCCGCAGCAGCAAAUAAUGCAGCAAGAUAUGCAGCAGCAGCAGCCGCAGCAAAUAGUGCCGCAACAGAUAAUGAUGCCCCAACAGCAAAUGCAGCAGCAGCAGCUGAUGAUGAUGCAGCAGCCGCAGCAGUUUAUAGGGCAACAGAUGCAGCAGCAGCCUCAGCAGCAGCCGCAGCAGCAGAUGAUGAUGCCGCCGCCUGCUGCAGCAGCAGCAGCACAAUAUCCAACUGUACACCCAGCAGCAGGACCACUAUUAGCAGGAGUACUAGGACCACAGCAGCAGCCACAGCCAGGAAUGUCAGCAGCAGCAGCAGCAGCAACAGCAGCAGCAGCACGAGCACUGGGACAACCACAGCAGCAACAACAGACAAGAGGACCACCACCAUUAGUACCAAUAGUGCCACGAGGAAGAUCAUCACCAUUCGUAGCACGAGGAGGAGGAGGAGCAGCAGUAGCAGCAGCAGCAGCAAGAGCGCGAGGGAAGCCAUACCAACGAGUAAUGCUACCUCCACCACCACCAUUACAAUCAGCAGCAGGAGGUGCAGCAAGACAUGCUGCAGCAGCAACAGGUGCUGCUGCUGCACUAGGAUAUCAUACAGCAGCAGCAGCACAACAUCUACCAUUCCUACACGCAUCAUUACCCCCACCACCACCAUUACAGCCAGCAGCAGCAGCAAGACCAGCAGCAGCAGCAGCACCAGCAGCACUAGGGCAGCAACCCCACCAUGCAAUGCUACCCCCACUACCACCAUUACAUCCAACAGUAGCAGCAGUAGGACCACCAGCACCACUAGGAGCACCACCAGCAGCAGGAACAGCAGCAGCAGCAGCAGCAGCAGCAGAACUAGAACAAGUGCUGAUGCCACCACCAUCAUUAAUAGACGGAGAAGCAUCAGUAGCAGCAGCAGGAUCAGCAGCAGCAGCAGCACUAGGACAACAAUCACCAAUGUUACCCCCACCAUCACCAUUACAACAGGCACUAGCAGCAGGAAUACCAGCAGCAGCAGCAGCAGCAGAAGCAGCAGCAGAAUCACCAGGAAGCUCACCAGGAACAUUAUCAUCAGGAGGGUCACCAGGAUCAGCAUCAUCAGCAGGAUCACCAGAAUCAGCAGCAGCAGCAGGAGGGUCACCAGGAGGAGCAGCAGGAGCAGCAGCAGGAGGAGAGUCACCACCAGAGAAAGAAUCAUCACCAGUAGAAUUAAUGCCUAAUUUGCACCGAUUGCUGCUGCAGCAACCACGAAUAAGUCCAGCAGCAGCAGCACAAGUAGCAGCAGCAGCAGCAGCACAAGCAAAAACAAUAGCAGCAACAGUAAGACCAACCUCUGCAGCAGCACGACAUCUUGCAGGAAUGCAGCAAGGAAAAGGUGCAGCACCAGCAGCAGGAGGAGCAGCAGGAGCAGCACGUGCAGCAGCAGGAGGUGUAGGAAGACAAAGAUUAUCAGUACCUGCUCAAAAAGCGUUAAGAGCAGCAGCAGAGACAACAGCAGCAGCAGCAAUGGCAGCAGCAGAAGAGGAAGGAAUACCUCGUGCUGCUGCUGCUGCUGCUACUGCUGCUAUAUACAAUUUCCCCCAAAUAAGUGCCCUUGUUACUCGGCCUGUUACCCCUGUAUACAAAUUCUGGCCAAGACCUGGAUCCUAUGGGGAGGGCUAUGAGUAUACUGACUCUCGUGCUGCUGUUGCUGCUGCUGCUGCUGCUGAUGGUGGUGCUGCUGCAGCAAGAAAUACACAAACAGCAACAGGAACAAGACGAUCACCACCUGGUGCUGCUACAGCAGCAGCAGCAGGAGGGAAUUAUGCUGCAGCAAAAGUUGCACAAAAACAACAACAAGAAGAAGAACAGCAGCAGCAGCAGCAGCAACAGGAACAGCAGCAGCAACAGGAACAGCAGCAGCAGCAGCAACAACAGAUGCCUCUGCCGAUACCACUGCUGCUGCCAGUGCAGCAGCAAACAAGUCCUUCUUCUUUUGUUUUAUCUAGCCAAGCACAUAUGGCAUUAGCUGAGGUACUUGUUGCUAAUCCUAGUCUUGCUGCAGCAACAGCAGUUGUUGAUGCUGCUGCUGCUGCUGCAGCAGGAGCAGCAACUGCUGCAGCAGCAGAAGAUGCAGAUGGUGCUGCACCACCAAGAGAAUUAUCUUCUGUUAAUCAAGAGACACAGCAAACAGGUACAGGAGAUGCACCAAGUACAUCAGCAGCAGCAGCAGCAGAAACAGCAGCAGCAGCAGCAGCAACAGCAGCAGCAGUUGCAGGAGCAAUGGGUCCUCCUUAUUCAUUAAGACAAUUGCUGCUGCAGCAGACACCACCAAAGGUUAAACCUAUGUCUCCCCCCCCUAUACAGACAAAAAAGUCUGCUGCUGCUGCUGCUGCUGCUUCUCGUCGUCGUACAGCAGCAACAGGACGUACUAAGAAAAAGAUAGAUAUAGAUGCAAAAGGUCAACCCUAUCCAAGCAGAAGCAGGAGCAGCAGGAGCAGCAAGGGCAGCAGCAGCAGCACAGAGAGCAUGCAACCAGAAGAAGAUAAAUGGAUAUCUAUAGGUACAGAUAACGCAGGGGAGGACGGCAGCAGCAAGGACAACAGCAGCAGCAGCAGCAGCACAAUAACAAAACCUAAUGAAGAAAUGGUAACUAGUACUAUAACAGCAACAGCAGGAGGAGGAGCAGCAACAGCAGCAACAGCAACAACAUCAUCAGCAGCAGCAGGAAGAUUACGUUCAUCAUCUGUAAUAGCAAAAUUAGCAGCAGCAGCAAGAGCAGCAAGAGCAGCAGCAGCAGCACCAAGUAGACAUGAGAAGGAUGAAGCCUUAGCAGCAUAUUAUUUAGAUGAUGAUGAUGACGAAGAAGAAGAAGAAGAAGAAGAAGAGCAGCAAGAGCAGCAGCAGCUGCAGCAGAAGUAUUACAGGUAUUAUUUUGCAUCAACAUCUGUAGCAGCAGAUGCAGAUGCAGCAGCAGAUGCAGAAAUUGCUCAAUUAGUAGCAGCAAAACCCCCAGCAGCAGCAGCAGGAGCAGGAGGAGCAGGAGGAGGAGCAGGAGGAGGAGAAGAAGAAGAAGAAAAUAAUAUAAAUAAUCAUGCAUUAAUAUAUAUACCUAAAUUAAUUGAUGGG